AUGUGUUAUGUAAGCCUCCUGCACCAAGUAGAUUUUCUUCAGCUGAUGAUUAACUCCCAGAAUUCCAAAGAAAUAGACACCUAUAAAGCUCUCUCUGAUCUGGAGCUCGUGGCCCAAUCUAUUAUCUUUAUUUUUGCUGGCUACGAGACCACUAGCACUUCUCUUUCCUUCCUUGUGUAUGAAUUGGCCACUCACCCUGAUGUCCAGCAGAAACUGCAGGAGGAGAUUGAUGCGACUUUCCCCAAUAAGGCACUGCCCACUUAUGAUGCCCUUCUACAGAUGGAGUAUCUGGACAUGGUGUUGAAUGAAAGUCUCAGAUUAUACCCAAUCGGUGGUAGACUUGAGAGGGUCUGUAAGAAAGAUGUGGAAAUCAGUGGUGUGUUCAUUCCCAAAGGGACAGUGGUGAUGGUGCCGGUCUUUACUCUUCACCGAGACCUGGAUCUCUGGCCAGAGCCUGAGGAGUUCCGUCCUGAAAGGUUCAGUAAGAAGAACAAGGACAACAUAAAUCCUUAUACACACCUGCCUUUUGGAACUGGACCCCGAAGCUGCCUUGGGAUGAGGUUUGCGAUCAUGAACAUGAAACUUGCCCUGGUCAGAGUCCUGCAGAACUUCUCCUUCAAACCUUGUAAAGAAACACAGAUCCCCCUGAAAUUAAAUUCACAACGGUUACUUCGCCCAGAAAAACCCAUUGUUCUCAAGGUUGAGCCAAGAGAUGGGAGUAUGAGUGGAGCCUGACUUUCUCUAAAGACUUCCCCUUUGUUCUUCAAGAAGCUGUGUCCCAGAUCACCAGAGACCUCAAUUUCCUUUGUGAGUAAAACCCAGAAACGA